AUGAACGAGCUGGUGAAGUGUUUGCCCUCCCCGACUCUCCCGGGGCUCCAGUUGCCGUGUUUGAACGUCGGUAACUACAAAGGCUGGCUCUAUAAAUGGACCAACUACCUGAAGGGUUACCAACGGCGGUGGUUUGUGCUUAGCAACGGCCUGCUGUCCUACUACAGGACUCAGGCGGAGAUGGCGCACACCUGCCGGGGAACCAUUCCCUUGGCAACAGCACACAUUGAGGUGGGGGACACCUGUCACCUGGUGUUGACUAGUGGAGGCCGAAGCUACCACCUGAAGGCCACCUCUGAGGGAGAGUGUCAGCGAUGGGUCUCAGCCCUGCAGCAAGCGAGGGCCAAUUCCACUCUGCUGAUGCACCACUCAGAUGACUCAGGAGAUGAAGGCCCCGUACCUCAGGAGGACCGAGCCCUAACCCAAGGGGUGCUCAAGACUCUGGCAAGCAAGCUAGAUGACCUGAGCACCUGUAAUGAGCUGAUAGGGAAGCACGGCGCCGCCCUCCAGCGCUCCCUCAGCGAACUCGAGGAACUGCGUGGAUCCUCCGACGGCACAGACAAAGUGAAAUCUGUUAAUGAGCGAGCCACCCUUUUCCGCAUCACCUCCAAUGCUAUGAUCAAUGCUUGUCGUGACUUUCUGGACGUAGCAGAAUCUCACAGCCGGAGGUGGCAAAAGACCCUGCAGUAUGAGAGAGAGCAGCGUCACCAUCUGGAGGAGACCAUCGAACAGUUAGCCAAACAGCACAACAGCUUAGAGAGAGCUUGGAGGGAGAACCCCACAGCAUAUACAGGUGUAGAGCGGACUCAGGAGGGGGACGCGAGUGACGAGAAUGACGAUGCAGAGUUCUUUGAUGCGAUGGAGGACUCCCCUGCAUUCAUAACUGUGACUACUAGUGGCAGCAUACAGCACAAGCGCUCAGGAAGUAAUCAGAGUAUGAUGAGCGGAGGAAUGUCUAAUGACUGGACUCAAAAUGAGAAUGACACAUCAGGCACAAACCAAAUCCAGCUCCGAAGAACAAGACGCAGUCGUAUUCCUGACAAGCCAAAUUACUCCCUUAACCUGUGGAGCAUCAUGAAGAACUGUAUUGGCAAAGACCUGUCCAAGAUACCCAUGCCUGUAAACUUCAACGAGCCGUUGUCAAUGCUGCAGCGUCUGACGGAGGAUCUGGAGUACAGCGAGCUCCUGGACCGUGCGGCCCGCUGUCACUCCUCUCUGGAGCAGAUGUGCCUGGUGGCUGCCUUUUCUGUCUCCUCCUACUCCACCACAGUCCAUCGCACAGCCAAGCCCUUCAACCCUCUGCUGGGGGAGACUUACGAGCUGGACCGACUGGAUGAGUAUGGUUAUCGCUCCAUCUCUGAGCAGGUCAGUCAUCACCCACCAGCUGCUGCCCACCAUGUAACGUCACAGCGAGGUUGGACCCUGUGGCAGCAUAUCACUAUUGAUAGCAAGUUUCGUGGGAAAUAUAUUUCUGUCAUGCCAUUAGGAAACAUUCACCUGCAGUUCCACUCGAGUGGAAACCACUACGUGUGGAGCAAAGUGACUUCAACGGUGCACAACAUUAUUGUGGGCAAACUUUGGAUUGAUCAGUCUGGGGACAUUGACAUUGUAAACAUCACUACCAAGGACACCUGCCGUCUCAAAUUCUCCCCCUACAGCUACUUCUCCAGAGACGUCCCACGGAAAGUGACAGGAGUGAUAGAGGACAGAGAGGGCACAGCCAAUUACAUCCUGUCAGGAACCUGGGAUGACAAAAUGGAGGGUGCCAAAAUAGUGGACAGCAGCCAAGGAUGCGGAGGCUCGGAAGGCAAACAAAAGACAGUUUAUCAAACUCUUCAGCCCAAACUGUUGUGGAAAAAAUACCCUCUCCCAGAUAAUGCAGAGAACAUGCACUAUUUCUCCUCGUUGGCUCUGACUCUCAACGAGCCAGAAGAUGGUAUUGCGCCCACCGACAGUCGUCUGCGGCCAGACCAGCGGCUGAUGGAGGCCGGUGUGUGGGAUGAAGCAAACACCCAGAAGCAGCGUCUGGAGGAGUGUCAGAGGCUGGAGAGGAAAAAAAGGGAGGCGCAAGCCAAUCAGGCCCUAGAGGAAGGGCAAGACAUCGACGGUCACCAGCCACUGUGGUUUGAAAAGAGGGCAGAUGAUACGACAGGAGAGUGUACCUACGUCUACCGGGGCGGCUACUGGGAGGCCAAAGACAGACAGGACUGGAGCCAAUGCCCUGAGAUCUUCUAGGACAAAAGCUCCCCUUACACCGUGCAUCAGACAUGCUGAGUGGUUCCUCCUAAUGUAAGGAUACUCUGU